CGACUUAAUCGCACAAAAACAAAAACAACUUCAGUUUUCUUGCAUUCCUUCUAAAGAAAAGACGUCUCUUCGCUAAUUUUUCAUCAAAAUAACAACAAAAAUGUCAAAAUUUACCUUUCGUGGAUUGAUGGCUCCUGUAUUUACCGUCUUUAAUGAAGACAACUCAGUGAAUGUCGAUUCAAUCAAAAAAUAUGCCGAAUAUUUGAAGAAAAAUGAAGUUAAUGGCGUUCUCGUAAAUGGAACAACCGGCGAAGGCAUGUCGUUGUCUGUUUCCGAACGAAAAUCUGUCACUGAAGCAUGGACUAAAGUCUGUAAAGAGCUCGAUAUCGCUUUAAUGGUUCAAAUUGGAGGAGCGCCGUAUCCCGACGUCGUUGAACUCGCAAAACAUGCGUACGCAACGAAAGUUCCUGCAAUGUUGUGUCUUCCAGAAUUGUAUUUCAAGCCGAAAACUGAAGAAGAUCUCGUUGAUUACCUGAAAAGUGUCUCGAAACAUGCACCGGGCGUUGCUUUGUUUUAUUAUCAUAUUCCGAUGUUCACGGGAGUGAGUUUAAACAUGCCUCGUUUCAUCAAUUUGGCAAAAGCAUCCAUUCCUGAAUUCGCCGGAAUCAAAUACAGCAACGGAGAUUUGGAGCAAAUUUCGCCCGCAGUUGAAUCAGGCGUCACAGUUUUCAUUGGUUCUGACAUGAUUUUGUGCAGUGCCUUGACUCUCGGCUUCGAUUCUUCGAUAAUGACAACUUUGAACAUUUGUCCCGAACUUUCUGUGGCAAUUUUGAAGGCUGUCAAGGAAGGGCGUACCGAAGAUGCGAAAAAACUUCAAUGGAAAUUGAACAAACGUGUCAUGGAAAUCACAGAAAAUGGAAAACUUGGUUGGAUUCCAUCCAUGAAACGCGAAUUUAACAAAGUUCAAAAGGAAAAGGGACUUUUUGUUGGCAAGGUAAGAGCUCCGUUGAAGGAUCUUGAGUGAAAAUUUACAAAAUUUCAAAUAAAAAUGAUUUUUUUCGAUUAA